ACCGUGGAUCAGCAGUUGCGACGAUGCGGAAAUCCGCCCGCGUAUAAAGCGCGAAACUCUGUUUCAUCUGAGUCUCAUUACCUUCUUCUUCUAUUGCUGCUGCAAUGUCUUCCGCUACAUCUUCUCCUGUUACUGUUGAAACCAUCAAUCCAAAGGUUCUAAAAUGUGAGUAUGCCGUCCGUGGAGAGAUUGUUACCCAUGCCCAGCGUUUGCAACAAGAAUUACAAGAAAAGCCAGGCUCUCACCCCUUUGACGAGAUACUCUACUGCAAUAUUGGAAAUCCUCAGUCCCUUGGUCAGCAGCCAAUUACCUUCUUUCGAGAGGUUCUUGCAUUAUGUGACCAUCCUUCCAUCUUGGACAGAGAAGAAACUCAGGGCUUGUUCAGUUUGGAUGCCAUAGCAAGAGCUAGGCAGAUUCUGAACCAGAUUCCCAGUAGAGCUACCGGUGCAUAUAGUCACAGUCAGGGAAUCAAAGGCUUACGUGAUUCAAUUGCAGCUGGGAUUGCCACUCGUGAUGGUUUUCCUGCCAAUGCUGAUGACAUUUUCUUAACUGAUGGAGCAAGCCCUGUGGUGCAUAUGAUGAUGCAGUUACUACUAAGAUCUGAGGAAGACGGCAUUCUUUGCCCCAUCCCGCAGUACCCUUUGUACUCUGCCUCAAUUGCCCUUCAUGGUGGCACUCUUGUACCUUACUACCUUGAUGAAGCGACAGGGUGGGGGUUAGAAGUUUCUGAGGUUAAGAAGCAACUGGAAGCUGCUCGAUCCAAGGGUAUAAUUGUCAGGGCCCUCGUUGUCAUAAAUCCCGGCAACCCAACUGGGCAGGUUCUUGCAGAAGACAACCAGCGGGAGAUUGUGGAAUUUUGCAAGAAAGAAGGUCUAGUUCUUCUCGCAGAUGAGGUAUACCAGGAAAAUAUCUACAUCGAUAACAAGAAGUUCAAUUCAUUCAAGAAGAUAUCCCGGUCAAUGGGAUAUGGUGAAAAAGAUAUUGCUCUCGUAUCAUUCCAGUCAGUUUCUAAAGGGUACCACGGAGAGUGUGGAAAAAGAGGGGGUUACAUGGAAGUCACUGGUUUCAGUGCUGAUGUAAGGGAACAGAUUUACAAGGUGGCAUCUGUCAAUCUUUGUUCGAACAUCUCUGGUCAGAUUCUUGCGAGUCUCGUCAUGAAUCCACCCAAGGUCGGAGACAAAUCCUUCAAAUCCUUUUCUGCUGAGAAGAAUGGGAUUCUUUCAUCUCUAGGAAGGCGUGCAAAGACAUUAGAAGAUGCCUUCAACAGUUUAGAAGGCGUUACUUGCAACAAAGCCGAGGGCGCAAUGUAUCUGUUUCCAUGGCUUCACCUGCCCCAGAAAGCGAUCAAAGCCGCUGAAGCUGCUAAAAAAGCCCCAGAUGCAUUCUAUGCUCACCGCCUUCUUGAUGCUACUGGAGUUGUCGUUGUCCCUGGAUCGGGAUUUGGGCAGGUCCCAGGCACUUGGCAUGUAAGGUGCACGAUCCUACCGCAAGAGGAUAAGAUCCCAGCUAUCGUCUCUCGCCUAACGGCCUUUCACGAAGCAUUCAUGGAUGAGUUCCGCGACUGACAUGUCCUCUCUGGCACAUGUUAAAACCCACCUGCACUGUUCUGAAUAAAAUGCACCACAUCUAUAUUUUCCAUGUUUUGGAUGUGUGUACUCUUGUUAUGUCUAAAAACAUUCGUGUAGUUUUUUUUUUUUUUUUCUGAGACUAGUAGCUCUUUCUUGUUUCCCUAGAGUUAUGAGAAAUCAAAUCCUUUCCACCA